AUGGCUACAUUAUACAUCGGGCAUACCACGAAGCGUCCACUGACACACGUCCAGUACAUCCGCAAACUGCACUUGGAGCCCAUCCACCUGAAGGACGCAGAUAUGUACGAAGACAACACGUUUGGAGCUGAUCACCACCACCACCAUCUUCUAUCGAGACCUCCGCUCAAGACGCCACUGCACCGGAUGAAAGGGCUACUGCAGAGUAUGUUAUCCAUUAUUCAAAUCAAGUGGACGAGUGGAGAAAUCAAUCGGGGCGGCAUGGUGAUCCCCAUGCUACGGUCUGACGGGAAACGCGGAGAAACGAUGACGUACUUCUGUGAUGCCUGCUUCAACGUUCUGCCAGUGUACCUCUGCAUGAAGCUGAAACACACCAUGGAUGAGGAACUGCAUAGCUGCUGGGAUUUAUGGCACAACAAGUUCAAGAACAGCACAUAUAUCCCAGACUAUUGGCAAGGCAAGAUACGUCUGCGGCAGUCGCCUGCCAAGCGCCACCGAUCUCCUUCGCAAGAAGAGAAAGCUUCGGAGUGAGCAUUCUAGUGUAGCGCCCAUUUAAUGAUGAACACCCAUAACCACAGUAAGCGGUGAGAAUGCAUGUCGUCUAAAUGUUGAUUUUUGCUCUAUUUGUUUGGGCGGCUCCAACACAUUAAAUAUGUAAGCAACCA